GGACUAUCUUCUGUGUGCUAUUUCGUAAGGAUAAGGAUGCUAUGUAGAACAUAUCUAGCGGAUUUUGUUUUCAUAAUGGAGAUACUAACAACAUGAGUCAGUGUACGAGAUUCUAUCGCAAUGGAUAAAGGAAUACACGAGCUGCUUCUGAGCACUAUUCAAUGUUAUGGAUAUAUAUUCUUACCAGAUUUCCCAUUAAUUCCAAGUGGUCCUCCCGUGGUAGGAAAAUGAGGGAUGCUCGGUUUGGUUUGUAUAGAUGGUUGCUUUAAAGGUAUAUGCUGAAUGCAUGUACCUGCUACAAUAUACUGGCAAUAGCCAUGUUUACUUUACGCAUAUCAGCUAGGUCUCUAUGAGGUUUUCAAAUAUGAUGUAGCGGGUGAAGAAAUCGCUUAAGAUGUCAGAGCGUUUGCUCAGAGAACCCGCUGUAUGGAGGGACAUCUCAGACAAGUACAUACAGCAAGGCGCUUCGUAGAUCUGAUAUAUUCAAAAUGGAGUCCAAUGGUGUAGUUCUUGCAGUCUGUCUAGUACUGGCAUGUUUAAAUCACUUAAGUGCCGGUGUAGAGGGAAGAUUUCGACACGAGUUAGGCUUGAAAUAUAGAAGAUCGAGCCGAAAUAUACGUUAUGACGUUGGCGAUGGUUGGAAAUCGCCAAAAGGCGAAACAGGUGAAAGGCGGAUCUAUACCCGGGAGAUCCCGGCCAAGAUUCGUUACCUCUUUGACGUAGAUUACCAAUCUGGGUUGUUGGAUUACAUCAAAUACAUACAGAAUUUAGGAGAUCAAGGCAAUUGCACUAGAACCAGUCUUGCACGGUUUGAUUAUGAGUUCCCGCAGUCGUCCUACGAUAGAUUCGCGAAGCAAAUGGACGAAGCGGUCAACACUGCUAGCUUCGUCGGUGGGGUCUUCCAGACAAAUAAACCGGGUAAAGCACGCCGGGAUGAUGGAAAGAAGAAGAAAUUUGACAUCAGGUUCAAUGAUGGCUUUUAUUAUUCCAUUGUGCGAUGGAUGGUUGAGAGUGAUAGUUUGAUAUUUGGUUGUGCCAUCGGGUUCGCCACGGACCUAUACUACCGCCGGGGCAACCAACCAACGUCGUUCUGUCCCUACGCUUACAUGGAUACAAAGACGGGAAAGACGAUUGUCAAGGAUCUAUCCAGGGAGUUAUUGUACUACCAUAACCGUACAACAGGUUGCGAAUGGUACAGGGACCAAAAGUUUAGGAAUUUCUCCCAUUUGUUCACUCAGAACACUACACAAUAUCCGGCGUAUUCUGACAGCGUGGGGGAUGUACUAGACAAUGUAUCGGUAACCAGUGCCACGAGGAAGGAGGGGUUAUGGAGUCCUCCCUACUUUGACUGCGCAAAGGGGGCUAACUGGCUGGUGACCUACUCUGUUCCCUUCUUUGAUGUUGGAGGCGGAUUUGUGGGUGUGGUUGCCGUUGACAUAGAUCUAAAGAACCUUGACAUCAACCAAUGUAGCAAAAAGGGACUCUUCGCCAGUACGCACAAAUGCUCAAUGGAGACCACACAGUGUAAACACAUGCCAGGAUACGGGUUCCACAGAGGAAACUAUAGGUGUUAUUGUAAGGACGGCUUCUAUUUCCCUCCGAAUCCCGAGGGGGUGGACUAUUUCAAUGGGUCGUUGUUAGAAGAAGAAUUCAUUCGUCGUAAUGAGGGGAACUUAGCAGGCAACUCAAAGGACAACAAUCAGUGUCUUCCAUGUGCACGUGGUUGCCACGUUUGCACGAACAAUACGCCAUGUUUCGUAGAGUAUGACGUCAUGCUACGGGGGAUUCCCCUUGGAAUACAAAGUUUUUGUAUGACUAUAACUCUCGUAUUGGGAUUUAUUCUUAUUCGCCUGAGGAGGAAUAGGGUGAUGAAAUCUAGUAUGUGGGUUAUGUUAGAAAUCCUUCUAUUUGGGGCUUUACUGCUGUUUUCAACGGUCGUCAUCCAGUAUUUUGAACCCAACACGACGACUUGUUUACUUAUUCCAUGGUUCCGAGAAGUGGGCUUCGCAAUUGUGUAUGGUGCUCUAAUACUCAAGGUGUACAGAGUUCUGGCUGAGUUUCAAUCCCGCAAAGCACAUCGAGUCCAUGUGAGAGAUCGUGAUCUCCUGAAAUAUCUGCUAGGUAUAGCGCUAAUUGUGAUUGGCUACAUGUCCGCAUGGACCGCAGUAAAUAUGGAUCACGUGCGGGAGAACGAUAGCCUAUUGGACGAGGGCAUCACGCCGGACAAAACAAAAUAUUUGAUAUGUAAAUCACAUUGGUGGGAUUAUGUUAUUGAAAUAGGGGAAAUUUUGUUUCUUUGUCUUGGGAUUUACCUGUGUUACUGUGUUCGAUCAGCGCCGUCUGAAUAUGGUGAGAUACGGUAUAUAUCAUGGGCCAUAUAUAACGAGACAGUCAUCUCAACAAUAUUGUAUGUACUCAGACAUUUUCUGUGGUUAGCCGUUAACCCAGAUUACAUCUUUCUCAUGUACUUCAUCCGCUGUCAGCUCACAGUCACCGUCACACUCAUACUCGUUCUAGGGCCUAAGCUUUGGUAUGCGCACCGCCCUCCAGACGACGACACUUUUCGAACACGAGCAUUCUCAACUUCUGAUGUACAUGACACAAUACUUCCCGAAUCUAUGAAACUCCACGUAGGGAUAUCGUCCAAUGGUGAUGUAGAUGUGGGCGAAAUAAACCUAGCUGAGAUGGACCCGGAAGAUAUUCGGGCUGAACUCAAAAGACUCUACACACAGUUACAGGUUUACAAAACUAAAACUAUGCGUAAGGAUAACCCUCAUAUAUCAAAGCGUAGAGGUGGUAGAAAAAACACACAUCGAAGGUUUUCUUUACAAGCAUUCCGCCAUCAUCGCAGUCACCAUCACCAUGACGAACACGAACACGAACUGUCGAAGACUCCCGAAGAGUCCACGAACAGUGCCGAAGGCGUGAACAUUGCACUCGACGGCUCAAGUCGGGCCGAAGAGGGCAGCCAUGUUUUACCUAGUGUGACUUUCAAAACGAGCCACAAAUAGUUCAUGUUAUAAAUACUCAUUAUGAUAUCAUCACCUCUAAUCGCUUUUUAUAGGACAAUAACUCAAACAGGACUGGAUAAAAUUAUUGUAAAGUUUAACAUUUAGACGAUUUUAAUACAUUUUCUCUUCGGAAUCGCUGCAUUUUCUGAUGCGUAUAGUGCUCAAACGACGUGCUCUUAUUCAUGGGCAUGCUUGGGGGUCAAAUUGGUAUUUCAGACCACGUGAUGACCACGUGAUAUUCCGUGGUGAACACGUGAUAUAAUUGUGCACGAUGGCAUUUAGAUCUACAUAGUUCAUGUUGGAGUGUAGUGUUCGUGAAGUGUUCAGAAGAAGUCAUGGUGCUACGCUUAUGGAAUAAAAUGUGAGAUUUCUGUGAAUAUUACCACAAGAAGCUAACUCUCAUACGGAGGAGGGAAAAUUCUGAGCACGAGGGAUUGCGCAACUUGCAAUGAUUUAGCAGUUUUGAACGUCCAACGGAUACCGGAAACUAGAAACUCAUAAAUAUGGAUAUGAUGACGUAUAUUCAAAUUAGGAGACUGAUAUUUCUGGAUGUUGAUUCUGUACUAGAGUCACGUGACUUCUACCUGUUCUCAACGUUUAGAAUAUAUUUUCGACCUGAAUACAACUAUUUAGAUAUGCGUGUAAAAUAAAGAUACUUUCUAAAUGCAAUGUUAAGAAAAUUAGAAAAAUCGAAAGAUACAUUUAAUAGUAUAUAAAUGUUUUAAUACUGCUUAAGAGUUAAUCUUUUUUACAAAAUGCCGUUGUAUAUAAUUAUUUCUUGCUCCAUUGAAGAAAUUGAGGGAACUAUUAUUAUUAUUGAUUAUCAACAUAAUUAUUCUUAUUAUUGUUCGAUUAACGUCUCAAUGUUAACUUCAAGUCAGUCCAAGAAUAUUUGCUCUUAUUCACAUAGAGGCCUCUGUCGUGCGAAAUUAUCAAAUUCGAUCAGUGCAGUGAUUCACGUGACGGGCUACGUGUUGUAAGUCGUUCCGCUUGGUUCUGCUUAAUCAGUACACUGCCAGUAACACCACAGUUGGGUUGAAGUUGGAGCAUGAAGCCCCUACCAAAGUUACCAUGGACAGAGUAUGUUCUGUUCUACUGAGGUUGAAUCAAAUCGAACAGCAUACAACGCGUAGUCCACCACGAGAAUCACCACACUGUUUAUGGUUGAACCUUAUUCUGUUCACAAAUCCUUCAGACUUAUUUAUUUGCCUAUCGGUGCAUCAAGAUGAAUGAGAAAAUAUGUCCCCCUUUAAAUACCAGGUGGGUCACUAGUUAAAUAGAAGAGGCACUAUCGUGAACAUGAAGGCUAUGCACCUUGCGUAAACGCGACAGCUCCUUUUUUUUAUAGAAGGCGACCCCGCUGAUAUUUUUAAGGCAGACCUAGUUUCUCAUUCGACGAGAUCACAUGUAUGUGAUGUCUUGUGAUUUUAUGCAGCUGUUACAAGGCUCUUUCUUCAACAAGGCCCGUUUUGCUAUUACAAAGCUAUUACACCUUGCAAAUGAAAUGAAGUGUCUAGUCCUCUGCCAGAUUUCUCAUUAGCUUUGUAUGUAUUCAAUAUCGUGAGGGUGAAUCUAAAUAAAUGCAAGGGGCAGAAGUGAAUACUCUUACAUAUCAACCAUUAAGAGAAUCCUUGUGUCAGAAGAAAAAUGGCAGAAAUGGUGCGCAUCAUCACCACAGUCGCCAGCUUCGUACCCAGUAUAUAGUAACAAUGAAAACUUGUAAUAUACAUGUAGUUGCAUAUCCAGAGCUUGAUCGUUGCCAAGAAUUGUAAACUAUAUAGAACGUUAGAGGCAGGCGCCACCUGUCAGUGUUGGUAGAACCAUUCAAAGCCCACACUCAUCCUUCGACACAAGAGUAGUCAGUCAAAAAUUGACUUUUCUGAUUAGCCUGAGUAUACAUUUCGUUAUGUGAUGCUUUUCCUACGAGAUCAAUUUUUUCAAGGCCAAACUAUUUGAAUAAAUGGGACCAGUCGAUAAAAUAAAUCCUAAUCUA